CGGAGGAGCUCAAAGGCAAUAAGAGAGACUUGCAGGGGGCUUCAAAUCCAUGGAUUCCAGCAGCAGCCUUGUUCAUCAUCAACUGCUCUUCUCUCUCCCCAUCAUCAUCAUCCUUCUCUUGGCCCUUCCUUGGACCUCCGAGCCCAGCCAGUUCUGCAACUCUGGAAUUAGAUAUGGUUGUGAGGUUUCGUCCAAGUUGUUGAUCAAAGGAGGGUCUGUAGUCAAUGCUCAUCACAUGGAGAUUGCUGAUGUUUAUGUCGAGGAUGGAAUCAUUGUUGCUGUCAGCCCCAAUAUCAAGGUUGGUGACGAUGUUACUGUGCUUGAUGCCAGUGGAAAGUUUGUCAUGCCAGGAGGAAUUGAUCCCCAUACUCACCUAGCCAUGGAGUUCAUGGGAACAGAAACUAUUGAUGAUUUCUUCAGUGGUCAGGCUGCAGCAUUAGCAGGUGGAACAACUAUGCACAUUGACUUUGUCAUACCAGUUAAUGGAAGUUUAACGGGAGGGCUGGAAGCUUAUGAAAAAAAAUCUGGGAAGUCCUGCAUGGAUUAUGGUUUCCAUAUGGCAAUCACUAAGUGGGAUGAAAUUGUUUCUCAGGAAAUGGAAAUAAUCGUUAAAGAGAAAGGUAUAAACUCUUUCAAGUUUUUCCUGGCCUACAAGGGGUCUCUUAUGAUAAACGAUGAGCUUCUGUUACAAGGAUUCAAAAAGUGUAAGUCUCUUGGUGCUUUAGCUAUGGUGCAUGCAGAAAAUGGAGAUGCUGUAUAUGAAGGACAGAAAAGAAUGAAAGAGCUUGGCAUAACUGGUCCAGAGGGACAUUCUCUUUCAAGACCCCCAGUGCUGGAAGGUGAGGCCACCGCUCGAGCAAUUCGAUUAGCAGCUUUUGUGAAUACCCCCCUCUAUGUAGUUCAUGUGAUGAGCAUUGAUGCCAUGGAAGAAAUUUCUAAAGCUCGCAAAUCAGGGAUUAAGGUCAUUGGCGAACCAGUAGUCUCUGGUUUAGUGCUGAAUGAAUCUUGGCUUUGGAAUCCUGACUUUAUCACUGCUGCUAAGUAUGUGAUGAGUCCCCCUAUCAGGGCUGCAGGACAUGACAGAGCCCUCCAAGCUGCUCUUUCGAUGGGAAUUUUACAGCUGGUAGGAACUGAUCAUUGUACCUUCAAUUCUACACAGAAAGCUCUUGGAAUUGAUGAUUUCCAGAAAAUUCCGAAUGGUGUUAAUGGUAUUGAGGAGAGGAUGCAUGUCCUAUGGGAUACAAUGGUGGAAUCUGGUCAAAUUUCUAUCACUGACUAUGUCCGCUUGACAAGCGCUGAAUGUGCUAAGAUUUUCAAUAUAUAUCCGAGGAAGGGAGCAAUUCGUGCUGGAUCGGAUGCAGAUAUAAUUAUAUUAAAUCCAAACGCAAGCUUUGAAAUAAGUGCAAAGUCCCAUCACUCUAGAUCUGAUACCAAUGUCUACGAGGGAUGGAGAGGGAAGGGCAAGGUUGAGGUCACUAUUGCUGGUGGAAGAGUUGUUUGGCAAAAUGAAGAGCUGAAUAUUGUUCCUGGAUCCGGAAAGUACAUAGAAAUGCCUCCUUUCAGUUAUCUUUUUGAUGGAAUGGAUAAGGCCGAUGCAAACUACAUAUCAUCUCUCAAGGCUCCGGUAAAGCGUUUAAGAACCGCCACUUAGAAUGCAGGUACCAUAUACCCCUUUAUAUUGAUCUUGAGGUGAAAAUAUUAAUGAUAGUCCAGUAUAUAUAUGCCCUUUGUCUUAAUAAAUAAGAUGUACAUAUUUUGUUAACUAUGUCGAAUAAAGAAUUCAGCUGACAAGUAAAUGAAUAUAUACUCAUUGUAGUUUGCAAAUAUUUUAGGGGGUUCACUCGAGUCAUAAUCUACAGUGUGUAUUAUAUAUAAACACUGUAUAUACUUCUGGAAAUGCAAUUAAUAAACUUCUAUUUUUUUAUUUU